GCACGAACAACAGCAAACGAGCGAACCGAUCGCUGAUCAACAACAUGUUGAGGAACUGGGCACCUAUGCUCAAAACAAUGUUUUUAGUAGUAAAAAGUGGGCCGAAACUGUGACACGGUGAAUUCUGUCGGUUCGACAAAAGCGACUAAGUGAAAACGUACAACAAAAGCAACAAAUCAAAUUGUAAAAAAUUAAUAAAAAAAUAAUAAUAAUAGAAAAAAAUGUUUAAAUAAAGGCAAUAAUAUUUUGUGGAGUGUUUUAUACUGGAAAUUACAAUUUUUGCACUUUCGGAAAUCUCAAAACUACGAAAAAAUACAGAAAAAAUCACUUUAGCCUGCACAAACAGUUUGCCGGUCAAUAAGCACAAAAAGCAUAGUCGUGUAUGGGUGUGUGUGAGUAGGAAAAAUGUGUACCUGCGUUUAAAGGCGGCAAGUUUAUGUUAAACAUUCGCGAUCGCCUCACCUGCCCAGCCCCGGUGUGAAUGAAUACUUAUAAACAUUGAAUUUAUUCACUCAUCUCGGUUUGCGGAUUUUCGUUUGCGGUUUUCGUUGUGGUUUGUUUUUGUGGUUUUCGGCUCUGUUCAUAUUAAUUUAACGGUAAUGACAACACGCGGUAUUCGUCGCAAGAAAUCGACUUUGACAGAAUUAAAAAUCGCUGUCGUUGGAUCGCCGAGCGUGGGCAAAAGCGCUUUAAUUGUGCGUUUCCUCACCAAACGUUAUAUUGGCGAAUAUGAUCAUCAAACAGAAAAUCGAUACAAGCAUGAAGCGAUGGUGGAGGGGGAGCCGGUGCUGUUCGAAUUACUAGACACAUGCCCCAAGGCUAAUGAUGAGUUUCCCAAUGCCGCUGAGUUGAUGCAAUGGGCCGACGGCCUUCUACUCGUCUACUCGAUCACCGACCGCAGCUCGUUUAAUUACAUACGACGCGCCAAGUCAGACCUACAAUCCGAUACACCAGUGCAAUUAGUGGCCAAUAAAGUGGAUAUGGUGCAUUUGCGCCAAGUUAGUCGUGAUGAAGGUGAAAUCCUCGCCAAAGACUUUGAAUGCAAGUUUAGCGAGGUCUCAGCGGCGGAUCAUGUCGAUCAGGUGGCCGAAGUGUUCCACGAACUAUGCAAGGAGGUGUUGGCGUCGAAGCGCAAGUCGAAACAAAGCCUUUUGGAGCGUAUGCUGGGCGGCGCACGACCCUACAGUCGAGGGAAGAGCGACAGCAAUCUACCGAAGGACUGAUAACAGCUGCAAACAGCUUAGCGGCGUCUUGAAAGCAGAGUAAAAGCAGCCGAGCAUUCUAAAUGUUGCUGUGAAAAGCAGUUAUAAUGCCGCUCCACAGUUUAAGCGUCUCGGUUAUUCAGUCGACGUUCGUAGGACUUAGCGAAAUUGUAAUAAUUAAAAAAACAAAAUGUUUUAACUUAUUUUUUUAUGUAGCGCAUAACUGAAACGAACUUUAUUUAAUACAUUUUCCAAUGCACGAGUUUUUGUAAUUAAAAUUAGCUUUAAAAUAAAAUAUACA